GCAAGCGAAGCCUUACAUCGCAAAGGAACUCAGAAAAUUUAAAAUCUUGCCGGAAAAUUUCAAAUUUUAUUAAUAUUUUACAUAAAUUUAAUAUUUUGUAAAUAAGUUCAAUUAAGAGCAUUUAAAUGGAGGAAGUUUGUCAAUCCAUAAACGCGGGAUUCAUUAAGGAUGAAACAUGUAUUCAUUAUUUAUAUGAAAUGGUUACGCAAUGUCUGAAGCAUAUAAAGAACCAAGAGGUCGAUAACAAUAUAUGGAAAUAUUUUAAAAGAUUUAUUUUUCCAUUAAAAGACACGAGCUUUAAAACAAUAAUUAUACCGGCGGGUGUACAAUCCCAAGAUUUAAAUGCCAAGACUUGCGUUCGAAUCCUUUCAAAUUAUGUUGUCGAUUAUGCGCUAAGAGCACCACAUUACCAAAAUGAAAAGAUACUCGGCAGUUUAUUAUGGAAGGCUAUGUUCUCAAUAGUCGGUAUUAUAAUUUUGCUGAUCCUUUUGAUAACGAUAAAAUGUAUUCAUUCGAAGUUGAAUAAAGCUAAUCCUAAAAGCGAAGACGACGAGGAGAUUAUCGAAAGUGCUCAAGAGCCUCGGUUACUUAAUUUGCAAAUACGUACGAUGGCAGCACUUAAUCGUAGCUUACGCAUGGCUCGUGAGGAAUUACGGCGAUUGCGUAUAAUCCACUUUGUACAAUGCGAAGAAAUUCUAGCACCAGACGGCAUAUCUAUUUUAGUAUUAAAAGUUAGCUCACAAGUCGAAUUACUAGACAAUCAUUUAAUCGGGAAAAUGCGAACUUCUGGCCGAUUAUACCGCCUACAAAACCAGCACAUACAAUAUCGUUAUCAAUUCCAGACAAUUUUGUUGAAUGUAGUUCUGCUUUCAUUGCGUGAGCGAAUGCAACGAAUGCAUUUCUUAAUUGAAUUUGAGGAAGAUUGUAUAUACGAUGAAUUCAUAUGGACACAUAGAUCUGAUACUGUGUCAACAGUACUCCGAAAGAGUACAUUAUCUUCUCCUAGCACCAGUGCCGCAGUUGGCAGAAGGGGCCUUCCUGAGACGUCUGCAUUAUUGAGAAGGGCGCAGCCACCGAAACGGAUUCCCAAAUCCAAAAAUAAUCGGCCCCCUACCUAGCUGUCAGCUAAUAACACCGUGAAACGCAAUAGGCGUAAAAUUACUUAAUAAAUUACGAAACCAGCGAACAUGCGAUUAUAUAAUAAAUUAGAAUUAAAGUAAAUUUUAUUAUUAAAUGUUAACCUAUGUUAACCAGUCAAUUGGAUGCAAGAUAUCAAUAACUUUUGAAACAAAAAAAAAGAGAAGAAAAUUCAUUUAUUUUUUUGAUAUCAACUUCGUCAAACAAGAACAAAAUUGUUGAUGUGGAUGUAAGAAGCAUUACGAUUUACACUGAUUAUUAGAGAAAGAAAAAUGCUUUACAUUUAAAUACACCAUUGGUUUAUUUACGUUUUCAAAAAUUUGUAUUCAAUUUAAUUACAAGACAGACAUUCACUUAUGAUUAAAAUAUUAUUAGUAUGUAAUUUUUGGAAUUUUUCCACAAGUAAAACAUCAAAAUAUUCCUUUAUAUCUAAAUAUUGUUGUUCAGUUUAUUCAUUCUUUUUUUUUUAUUAUUUAUUUAUUAAUUUUGUUUUUUGUAGCAUUUUAGUUUUUUAAUACUCCAGUGUGUUAAAGAGUGAGAUAACUACAGAAGGAAUUAAGAUUUUAACGCACAAAUACACAUAACAUAUAGUAAUUAAUGAUUUUAUAUGAAUGCGAUUGUUUCUGUUUAAGAUUUAAUUGCUUUUAACAAUAAGAAUUCUCUUUCCUCAUUUCAAUUCAUAACAAAUAAAUAAUCCUUAUACAUUAGGAGAUUUCUUCCCUUCUCUAUUUUGAGUCUUUGAUCAUUUCAAGGAAAAUAAUUUCAAGUUUUUUUCUAUUUUUAAUGUUGUAAAAAAUAAGAAAACGAAAGAAAAAAAAAGACAUCCUGCCUAACGACGUAUGCACCUGUUACGAAAUUCACGAUAAAAUCCAAUCUUUAAGUGCCUCGACCCGCUUGUAACAUUUACAAAUAAUCAGUAAAAUCCCUUAAAUAUACAUAUCCGUAUAAACAAAAUUCUUCAUUAACUUAGGCAUGUGUAACAAAUGGUCUAAUAUCUGAAUAGCGUUCGAGUUGUAGUAAUAGCUGUAGCCCUUUAAAGACGAAAUCUGGGCGCCAGUAGGUGCGCUCUUAGCUGAUAAUAUGCACAUAUAUAUAUAUAUAUAUAUAUAUAUAUAUUGUAAGUAUAUAUAAAUACGUAAAUACGUUUAUAUAAAAACUUGCUUUCGAAGGCCUUCGGCUGUUUUAUGGGAUCUCAUUCAAUUAAAAACAAAAAAAUUCGCCCACAAGGCAAUGUUAAAAGCUAAGUUGUCCUUAUAACACUUUAUCCGAAGGACUUUGAUAUUGUACGCUCUUUUAACAUGGAAAUUAUUCCCAUUAUCUCUUAAAAGACUAUAAUUCACAUUAUCUUAAAGUUUAAUAACGUAGUGAUUACGAUACAUUAAUUUAGGCAGAGAAAUAAAUUGUAAGACUUAAAGUCUUAAAGCACUCGAAUCUAAGUGCUAUCUGUUGGCUUCUAUCGCAAACUCUAUCGCAUAUGAGAUUUGAGCCGACGACGAUGGAGUUGUUAGUCGAGAUCUUUUUAUCUACACGAACACUAAAAAAGUUGUAUGCUUUGUAUAUAUUGAUUACCUCAACGUGAUAAAGUAAAAAAAAAAAAAA